AUGGCAUCCCAAGUUUUCCAAGCCAAUCGUACGGCUCUUAUCACAGGCGGCGCUUCUGGCGUGGGCUUUGCUUUCGCUCAGCUAUGUCAGAAGAUUGGCAUGAAUGUUGCUAUAGUGGACAAGUCUCACGAGAGCCUCGAGAAGGCAAAGGAAGUCCUAUCAAGCAGCGCCAAAACUGGACAAAAGACCGAAGACGUCUCUGAACUCGCACAAUGGCGCAACCUCAAAUCCGAAGUCGAAGCCAAAUUCGGCAACGUCGAUCUCUUGAUGCUAAAUGCCGGCGCAUCCUUCAAACCAACCCAAGGCUUUGGCAACCUAAGCGCAUGGCUAGACCCCUCCUACCACCACAAAACCUACGACACAAACGUGUUUGGAGUGCUCAAUGGCAUUGCUGCAUUCCUCCCUUUGCUCCAGAAUAAGAACACGCCUUCGUCGAUUGUGAUUACUGGAAGCAAGCAAGGCAUCACCAACCCACCUGGUGGAAACAACCCGGCGUACAAUGCGAGCAAGGCGACGCUGAAGCAUCUUGCUGAGCAUUUAUGUCAUGAUUUGCGCAAUGAGAGUCCGUUGGUUACGACGCAUUUGCUUAUUCCUGGGUGGACGUACACAGGUCUGAGUGGUAACAAAGGACCUGUGCCUGACGAGGAAGCCAAAGCAAAGAAGCCUGAGGGUGCAUGGUUGGGCUCGCAGGUUGUAGAGUACGGUGUCAGAAAGAUGAUGGAGGGGCAAUUCUACAUUGUGUGUCCCGACGAUGAUGUCUCUGAGGAGUUGGACAAGGCGCGCAUGGCGUAUGCAAUGGGGGAUGUUUGUGAAGGCAGACCUCCGUUGUCGAGGUGGCACGACGAGUACAAGGACAGCGCUGCUGAGUGGAUCAAGGAAGAGGCGGAGAAGAGAAAGGGAGGACAGUAG